CUUGCGAGUAUCUUAAACAUAUCCUUAUGUGUAAAUAAAAGUAAAUAAUCGAAGAUUAGAUAUAAAAUAAAAUAAUUGUCCUUCUACUAAAGUUGUCGCGUAAACAUCUACUACAAGUAAGAAGCGUUUAAGCUUUAAAUGAGAGAUAAGUUCAGUGUACUUAAAAAUGUCUAAUCUUUCAAUUACGGCUUCGUUCAACGAUCGAAGCCGUCUCUGUAAACAUCGUUAAUUUACGAUUACAAUGGACUUAUAAUACAUUAAAAUAAAUUAAUCGAUUCUACCACAACGAGACGUGGACGACCAUGAUAGAUUAUAGGAUAACAGAAGCGAAUGCGUGAAAAUUAUCACACUCUUAUUUGACUCUUAUCGAUUACCAGUGUGGUCAGUAGUCGGUUAUCGACUGCUACAGCACACAAUUUGAUCUUAAUAGAGCAAAAAGCUGACGCGUCGAGGUCAAUGUACGAGAUGUCGUUAUUGAAAGAAAGAAAAUGAGAAGAAAGACUAACUUUUCAAAUUGUUUAAAUCAUCAGUUCAAUUAAUAAUGGAACUGGUUAUAAUAGCAAUUAUUAUUAUCGAUAUAGGAACAAAUUUUUUGGUUUAUGUUUAAAUUGUACUUAAUCCAAUGCUAAGUACGAUCGAGCUUCUACUUCUAAUCGAAUUAUUAUUUAAUUAAUUUAGAGAUUAUAAAAACAUUAACUAUAUAACAAAAUAAUGCGUUGCAUGAUUGAUUACUUAAACUUUAUUUGAUAAAAUUUUCAUUUCAUCAAACAUUACCAAAAUAUAAUGAAUAUUAUGUGAAAAACAACCUACACGUAUGAUAAUAAUGUUUUGAACCUACGUCACGUAGCAAAACAAGAGCUGUUUCUGCAUCAAUGAUUUAAUUCUGUAUUGCCAUUAUGGAAACGCCUUUCACCAUGAAACUGCUUCACCCAUUUACGCACAAGCAUACUUAAUUCGUAGUCGACAUAGACGUUUAUGUGGUAAACCUGAUCAAACUAGAACUGAUUUAAGUUUGUAAUACAAAACUGCUCUCAAAGAUCUCAGGGUGAAUAAUUUAAUAGAAGAGUGUACAAUAAUUACUUUUACUUCACAACUAUUGAAUUCCAGGCUUAAAAAUUUGUAAUUUACAACACAAUUCCCUACUUUUGAAAUUCGUGCAAAAUUCUACAAAAAAAAUUGCAAUAGAAUUCUCAAAUCUUAUUCCACUUAUAGUAACAUUUCUACACUAUAAAAAAGAUCUUAAAACGAAUUUCCAACAUCCUCGAAGUAACAACACAUUUAUCCAACUACUCAUUCUGCUCACCAAAAUUAUUAAGCAUACCCAGCCUCGCAACCGAUCGAUCCAUCGAUCAAUGAAAACAACAAUCGCCCAGCCGCUACCUACAUGCACUUCAAGCACGCGAUGCUUGCCAAUCAUUCAUUCUGCCCGACGAGUCGCGCUCGCUAUCAGGUCACCAAACAGUCGCGUCGGGUUCAUGCAUCUGCGAGGAACAUUUACAUACAUGCUAGCUGUGGCACGCAACCAUCCAGAGUGGUGACAGCACCGUGUACACAUAGGGAAAGGAGAGAAACGAACACUAGCCUGGUAGGGAAGCGAUGUGUCUAAUGGAAGGGGAAGAGAGCAGGAAACGGUGCGCUACGUAAGACGCGAGGGGAUUGUGAGUCGAGUGGCCAACGAGCCCCGGAGUAUCCGAUUCACCGUCGUACCGCGUGGAACGGGUAUCAUUCCUUCUGGCGCUCGUUUAUACUGUUCCCUUGAAUCCUCUUCGCGAUUCCCAGAAACAGUGAUCUCCUCGCGAUAUUACCGGCUAGAGUGCACGGCUGUAGAAUGCAUCCGGGGGGGGAGUAUCGGCAACUAGAUGGUCAUUUCGCAACCAGACGCUGACUCGUUCACGCUUUCCGAAGGAAAAGUAAAGUAUUGCGACACGAAGUAACGAGUGUAGUUUCAGGAAUAUAGAAUCUGAAAUGACAGAACGGUAUAGUGAGGUAUGGAAGACCCUUUAACUUUCAUAUUGUGUUAAUACUUUAGUGAAGGUAACUCGAUGGUCUUGCCAUUUAAACGUGGUUCACCAGUGGCUCGUGCGUGUGUUAAGUGAAAAAGUGAUCGCAUCGUUGGUGGAUUGACUGUCUCUGGACAAAGAAGAGAGAAGUGUGAACCGCUUAGUAGAUAAAACUUGAAGAGGAGGACAAAAAAUGAAAUGUUAAUUGAAGAUGAUGAAUUAGUAUUAAAAAACAAAAAUAUAAAAAAGAAAUCCGAAGGCUGUUCGUUGAAGUCAGCUGUUUACUUUGGAAGACAAAACAAAUUGAAACUUACUUAGAUUCAAACUUACUUUUUGCAAUAAAGUAAUAGAAAGAAAUAGAGAUGGAGGAACCAACAACGGCUACCGUUUUACUGAUAGCAAAAAUAGGAGCAAUGAUUGGUCUUGGCUUUGGCUCUUUACUUCUGGGAAUGUUACCACUGAUUGUCGGACGUUACAGAAUGAAUCAUCGUCAAAAACGAGAUCGCAGAAUUUUCAGUAAUUCCAGUACCUGUACCUCCACAUCAAUUUCAAACGCCUCUUCCUCCAGUGUAAUUUCUGCAUCUGCAACGAAUUCACAAGGCCUGCAAACAUCGUUGCUGCUUUGCUUUGGCGGGGGCGUUCUACUGUUCACCACAUUCUUGCAUCUAGCCCCGGAGGUCCGCGUGAGCGUAGAAAGACAUCAAACGAACGGUCAACUGCCUACUCUAGGCACGCUAAAUCUGUCGGAGCUGCUAUUCUGCGCCGGAUUCUUUCUCGUCUACUUCGUUGAAGAGGCGGUGCACGCAGCGCUGACGGGAAAACCCGAGUCAUCGGAGGCGCUACUCUAUAGAACGGUGUCCGUACGUAGAUGCAACAAUCAAACAGGUGCGUCAACAACUACAAAUAGUGGUUCCACCACCACGGUUUCCACUACGGCUAGGUCCACCUGGAAAGAUGGUAACGACGAGUUAGAAGACGGCGAGAACGAAUUAAACAAACGAUCUAGACAACACGGCUUGGAUGAUUUUCGCGGUGCCAAACAAGAUAAGAUGUUACCUGCCAUAUUUGUCCUAUCUGCCCCUACGGGAUUAUCUUCCACGCAGCGCAGUCCUCAGGAUGGCACGAGAUAUCCUUCUAAUACAGAUUAUCCAAGAAUGAAACAUCAUGAACAUAACCAUUCCGUUAUGACAAAAAAUACAUCGAUACAAGGAUUACUAACCGUACUAGCUUUGUCUUUUCAUGCAAUUUUCGAGGGUCUAGCAGUAGGUCUAGAACCCUCUAUUGGCUCCGUCGUAUAUCUGGCUGCUGCUAUAGCUACGCAUAAGUUGGUAAUUUCAUUCUGCGUCGGUAUGGAACUUUACGUUGCUGGUGCCUCAAGUAGAACUACUCUUGGAUACCUAACGAUAUUCUCAAUGGUAACACCAAUUGGCAUCGCCGUUGGAUUGGCUCUUGGUCAUUUUAAGAAUGACAGCGAAAAUUUAGGACCUACCCCGACAAUACUGCAAGGAAUGGCCGCCGGAACGUUACUAUACGUGGUUUUCUUCGAGGUGUUAGCACGCGAGAGGGCUAACGAGAAAAGUGGCCUCUUACAGUUGACUGCCAUAAUUAUUGGAUUCAUGCUGAUGUUGGGUCUACAAAUCGCGACUGCGCAUUCUCACUCUCAUUCCCAUUCGCAUUCGCACGAUGGACACGUAGACGUACAUAGCCACGAGGUUAAUCAUCAGGAGAAUGAUCACGAUCAUAAACUGGAUUCCCACGAACACAUCUAUUCAAAUGAAAUGAAUGAACGAAUACUUACCGACAAAAUCUAUAGAGUAACGGAAAGCAUCGCGGAGACUGUCAGCAACGUCCUAUCCUCUACGAUGAAAACACCAACCGAUGUUUCCUUCAGAAGUAGUAGUAACGAAACGACGUUACACUCGAAUCGAAGUUAAAACUCGUUUGCGUGACAGGCAUCCUUUGACUGAUUGUGAGUUACUAGUAGUUCUUUCAUGGGAUAAAUAUCUUCUGAUUGAUACUUACUUUCGAGGAUAUGUCAACCGAAUUCAUCGAUUAUUUCGGAACGACGCAUAUAAGUAAGAGUAAAAGGGGCCUCGAUGAAAGAAGGACAGUAUUAUGAAACUUUGGUUUCAAUCUGGAAGAGGAGAACAAUACUCCUGGUUUACAGUUUAUACCUAUUAUGCAGAUGUCACCAAUUGUGCAAGUACAAAUAGUAAACGGUGAUAUUUGUGAAGUACGAUAGAAAUCUAUCUAAAACAACAAGAAACUAUUACCAUUGUCAUUCAAUGACCAAAUGUGAUACGAUUCACGGGUAUGUAUAGCUGUGCAAUCGCGUUACUUACUCCUUUUUCUUUUUUCUUUUUUUUUAUUGUAAUAUAAACUGUAUGGAAUAUCCGAUAUCUUUUACAUCAUAAUUAGAUUAAGAAAGGGAGAGUAUUUCUUAACUGUUUAUACCAAUAUUUAAAAACUUGCUCAUAUAAUAUGCGUAUUACAUAACAUCGCAAUGAAAUGAGAUAUAUUUUGCUACCGUCAAAUAUCAAUUCUUCCGAAAGUGAUAACUUUAAUCCUGUUUUUAUGAUUUUUAAUAUUUACAACUUUUGUAUGUAUUAAUACUUGUCUUUUUUCUACGCGAUUAUUGACAUUACAUGUCAUUAAGAAUGAUAGUACGUCAUCAUUAAUACGAGGAAGAUUUCAACAUCAAAACAUAAGAAACUGUAUUCUAUAAAUAUUUGCGAUAUCACGUUUCUUGUUCAUUUUUUCAUUUGUAUACAUAUCAGUGUGAUAUGACAGGUACACCGCUAGGAUUUGUAAACAUAUUUCAGUAACAUGCAUAAAUAUCAUUUUCUCAAAUCAAAGAAUCAAUUUUUAAACAUAAAUUAUAUUUUUCACGACAUGUACACAAAGCAAUAAAUUGAAAAAAUAUACACAAAAUAAAGUAUCA